AAGAAGCCCUCUUCUUCUCCAGUUGCCGACCUCUCUCUAUCACUCUUUCUUCACCCCAGUCGCGGCGGGGAAAUUCGCGUGUCUGCUCUGGUGAAAGAUGAUACUUCUCGAGGAUGUCUUCAAAGUCGAGAGGCUCGACCCCGACGGCAAGAAGUUCGACAAAGUAACUCGGAUUGAAGCACGAAGCGAAAGAUUUGACAUGUUCAUGCAUCUAGAUGUGAAUACUGAAAUAUACCCAAUAAAAGAAGGACAAAAGUUCACCAUGGCCUUAGCUACUACAUUAAAUCCGGAUGGAACUCCUGAUACAGGAUUUUAUACCCCGGGCAAUAGGAAAUCCAUUGCUGACAAGUACGAAUAUAUUAUGCAUGGGAAGCUAUACAAGAUAUCUGAGGAUGAUGCUGGAAGGUCUUCUAAAGGUUCAGUAAAAGGAGUCAAAGCGGAGAUUUAUGUUUCAUAUGGAGGGCUUCUCAUGAUGCUGAGAGGGGACCCUUCUAAUCUCCAUCAGUUCGACCUUGACCAAAGACUGUUCCUUUGUAUCAGGAAGCUCUGAGAUUUUAGCUGCCUGGAUCAUCUGAUUUCUCUUGUUAACUAUAUCGAGUCGUAACUGAUUUAGCAGGCCCUGAAAGGACGACGCUCUGCUCUGUAUGUUGUGCCAACUGUUGCUUCAUACUUUCGCUGUGGCAAAGGCACUUGAUCCUGUUGGUACUUUUGCUGAUGGACUAUAAAGUCAUAAAGACAUUUGGUAGUGUACAAUUUGUUGCAAUCAUUUGGUCCCAAUGAUUUAGUUUGAUUGAAUCGAGAUACUCGGGUUGCAA